AGCAGCAGCCCCGUAGUCCCCCAUAGUUCAAAGCAUAUCUACCCCCGUAGAAGACUAAUAUUUUGCAGGUGCUACUUCAGUUUUUGUUUGUUUGCUUGAUUGAGCAGAGUUUGAGUGACAUAAUUCAUCUUCGGUGCUUGCAUGUAUUGUUCUUGUUUUUCUUGAGCGAUAAGUGUAGGACUUGAUCUUGAGCUACGCAUCCAUCCUUUAAUAAAGUAAAGCUUUCACGUAUCAUCACAAAUCACAUUUGAAGAACAAAAAUAGUAGGGCCGUUAGCAGAAGUCGUGCUAUUAGAGCUGAUCUUGUUGUCCUUUUCCAAGAAAAGUAAGAGUAGAAACCUAGUAAAGCAGAACAUCAAGAGCCAGAUCAACAAAUCAACAUGUCAACGGUUCUCGAGCGUAAGAUGCGGAUCCCUCCGCACCGGCAGCGCGGCUACCAGCCCCCAACUCUCGCGGAGGACGUGACCAUCCCGAAGCACAGGACAGAGCUGAAGUUCAACCCGAAGCGGGAUUUUAACACGCAGUUUGCGAACGCGCGGGAGAAGGAGCAGAUCGGGCUCUGGCUGAAGCCGCAGGACGAAUUCCGCCUGACGAUGGACAAAGUGGAAGAGUAUUUCGUUCACAAAAUUGUGCAUGAAAAUUACCAACUCGAAAAAACCAGCGUGUGCGGCCCGCAGAUCUGCCAGACCAAGCCGGUGGAGAGCAAGUGGACCGACAGCACCAAGCUGUACGUCAAGACCGCGGGUUACACCGGCGACUUCCGGAAUCCCAAGUCGCAGCAGGGCUUUGGCAGGAGUCCCUACGGCGGGUUUUACACCAAUUUCAAGUGA